GGGGGAGAAGAGUGGCUCAAUCUGCCAUUAGAGAAGGUAGUAGAGAUAAUAUCUGCUGAUGAGCUGGAGGUAGAUAGAGAGGAGCAUGUAUUUGAUGCUUCUACUGCUUGGCUCCACCAUUCUUAUUCCACAAGGGCACCCAUCUUUUACAAGGCCCUGGAGUGUGUGAGGCUGGCACUUGUUAGUCCAUAUUUUUUAGUGGAUGUUGUGGAAGGAGAAAUGGCUGUGAGGUCUUCACCAGAGUGUCGUGUGAUAGUGGAGGAAGCCAGGUUGUACCAUCUCCUUCCUGAUAGACGCCACCAAUUAACAUCACCACGCACCCGCCACAGGCGUAAUACAAAUACCACAACAGUGAUUGUGGCAGUGGGUGGUGAAGACAACAAAUUAGUAUUGCGUUCAGUUGAGUGUUUUGAUCCUCUGGCACACUGUUGGAGAAGCCUCUCGUGUCUGCCAUUUGCUGUCAGUAAACAUGGAUUGGUUGUAUCUGGAGAAAAUGUUUUGUAUUUGGCUGGAGGUGAGUUCCCUGAUGGAACAGUGACUCGAUGUUUGUGGCGCUAUGACCCGGUCUUGGAUGAGUGGCACGACUUGGCACCUAUGUCUAAGCCAAGAUCAGAAUUAGGUUCAGCAACAUUAGAUGGUUAUGUGUAUGCAGUAGGUGGUUGGGAUGGAUCAAAUAGGUUGACUGAUGUAGAACGUUAUGAUCCUCGCACUAACUCUUGGAGUCCAGUGGCUUCCAUGAAAUUGGCCCUUACUUCACCAGCUAUUGCUGCAUGUCAAGGAAAGCUGUAUGUGUGUGGUGGUGCUAUUCUGGAAGAUGGAGAUGGAAUUGAUCUUGUGCAAAUGUAUGACCCCCACACAGAUUCUUGGGAGCAAUUACCCCCAAAGAUUAUUCCCGAAGUGGUUCAGCAGCACAUACUCCUUGGGCUUAUCUAUAUAAUAGGAGGCUGGCAUGCUUCAACUGAGAAUACAAAUAAAGUGGAGAGGUUUGACCCAAGAAACAAGACUUGGGAGACUGUGGCAGGCAUGUGUGAACGUCGUUACAGACCAGGUGUGGCUGUAGUGGAUGGAAAGAUCUACAUUUUAGGAGGAGAAGAUGGAUGGGAACACUUCCAUGACACAAUAGAGUGCUAUAACCCCAGCUCGGAUACCUGGACACAUGUGGGAGAGAUGUUAACAGGUCGAUCAUGGUUAUCUUGUGCACCUCUUAGGAUUAGAAAAGAAGUUUUGGGUGACCUAGCAACACCUCUAUCUUGACAUCCACGAGCCUCCACCAACCAGGCACGCCAAACAUUGUGGAAGUUGCCACCGAGGAUGCCAGUUCAUGAUCUUUAAAGAGGAAUACUUAUAAAGAUCUUUAUGUUGCUUCAAAAAAGGAAAAGAUUUUGAAGGCAUGUGAUAUUAUUAAAAUUUUCCUGCAUUUACUGUAUAGUACUACUGAGGUUUUUGUGACCUCAAAACAAUUUUUAAUUACAGUAGAUUGUUGGAUAACAUGCAAUCUGUUUACAUGUUUUUGCUAUAACACACUUGCAAAGUUGCAGCAUAAUUUUGGUGAACAUGCAGUGGAAUACAUGUAAGGGAAAAUAUGGUACUUGCCACGUUCUUUCCCCUUCAUCUCACAGUGAGCCUCAGUGAGUCUUAGGGGCUAGUGGGUGGGAGUGUGUGAGAGCUAGUGAGAGAGGACAGGGUACAGGGUUAAGAAGGAUGAACGAAGGGGUGGGAGUGGUCCACAGGUGCAUAACACUGGGGCCAGGAGCUAUGAAUCGACCCCUGCAACCACAAAUGGGUGAGUACUGUUGUAACAGUAAACAGCAAAAUAAACCCAGUAAAAAGCAGGGGCACCAUUGGCACAGUAUCAAUGUCCUUGGCCCCAGACUAUUCAGCAUCUUACCAGGAGUUAUCAGGAGCAUUGAUGGGAUAAGUGUAGAAGUCCUCCAUAGAAAACUGGACAAGUAUCUUCACCUCAAGGCAGUAAUAACCCAACAGAAAACUGCAGUAAGAAUUAUCAAUGAAUCCAAUGCAAGACAACACACACUCCCACACACUGUCCACACCAACUGCUCAUUCAGCUUUCCCCUCCCCUCCACCCCAGGGGUACACAACCUUUCUGCACACCCACCAACCUCACCCAUACCACCUUCAAACCUCUACACAUACCACCCGCCCCUGUAAAUUCCCCAUGGCCAUUCGCCUUCACUCGCACCAUCCCAACCAGAAUCCAACCCCACACAAUCCACCCGUACAGUUCCCCCUACUGCCACAUGCCUAUACCUACACUAUUUCCCCCACUGCUACAUUUCCCCAUGAUUUCAUGCCCACACCUUUGACCUUUCACUCUAACACACCAUCCCUAUAUCUCAUUACUGUCUACACCACCAACCACACACUGACCCACCUGGUCACCAAUCACCACACUCACCCACCCAUUCACCAAUUAUCCAGUCACCACCUACACCAGGCAACUGACAACCACACCUUUCACCCACACUACUUCCCCACAGCUAACCCACAUAGCUACAUACCUACACCUUAACCAUGGCCUGCACACCCUAACACACCACACCAUUCACACCUAGUCACCCACCACCCUAACUACCAACUGCACUCACCCACCCAGUCACUCAUCAACUAUAUCACCACCCACACUGGGCCACUGAUACUGCCAUUCACAUGGCCAGACUCCAGUAGUAGAAAAACUCGGACCUCAUCAAAAAUAUACUGCCUCAUUGCUUCCAACAUCCACCCCCACACCCUUCCACUGCCCAGCAUCCUCUACCUCCCAACAGUAGCCUCCAUCUCCUGGCCCCACCCCUCCACCCCCCACAACAGUAGUCCCCAAUCCUCACCCCUUGGUCUCCUCUCCCCCACACCAAACCCACUAAUCCAAACUACUCUAACCCCUCCUUUAUAACACCAUACAGUUGCAAUGAGUAGGACAACCAAACAGGAUCAUUGACUAAUGCACAUCACCACAUCCACCUACAGUUGCAUUAUUAUCAUUGUUUUUUCACAAUUUUAAGAUCUAUAGAAAGUUUGGUUGGCUUUUUGUGGGGUAUGAUGAAUGUAACCCUAUUUUUCCUAUGUGUUCUGCAGUUUAUUUUACACAUUUUUUUAUUACAUGCCGUUUUCAGGAACAUAACUAGUGUGUUAUCCGACAGUCAACUGUAUCGUGUAUUUGAGUAAUAUCAUACAAGUUUAACUUGGCUGUCCAGUCUCUAAUUACUAUACAGUUUGAGUAUUGCUGUUUCUGCUAUUGUAAUUAAAUUCAUAUUUAAGAUUUAUGUCAAUUGGAAAAACAUUCUUUGAAAACUUUAACUUAAAUUUGUUGAGUGGUAUGUGUUAUCAGUAACAUCAGUGUGAUAAUCUCACAUGAGAUGCUAGACUCCACAGAAAGUAUAUUUAAGUUAUGUGCAGUAUCAUAAAAUAUUUAAUAAAUAAUUAAGCAACCUCAAGCAACAGUUGCAAAAAAAAAGUCAUUUAAUUGCCAGUAAAUAAAUUUUAAAUUUUUUUACUAUGCUUUCUGAGGUUAAUUAGGCUGUUAAAUUAACUUUAAUCAUUUAUCUUUGCUUUUCACUAUAUUUGGGCAAGAUGAACAGUUAUAAUGUAGAAACAUUCAAAGAAGAAAAGGUGGAGUUUUGCUUUGUGUUUUGAGCCAGUUUGUUAGGCACUGAUGAUUAAACUUUCUAGUUCAAUUUGUUGUCAAGUUGUCUAGUCUGAUAGUGUGAUACAUAGUUCUAAAAUAUUUGUAGUGAUAUUGUAAACAUAGUUUCUUAAUUAUCCUUUCUUCUUUCUUUCAACACACCGGCCGUAUUCCACCACGGCGGGUGGCCCAAAAGGAAAAACAAAAGCUUCUCCUUUUACAUUUAGUAAUAUAUACAGGAGAAGGGGUUACUAGCCCCUUGCUCCCGGCAUUUUAGUCGCCUCUUACAACACGCAUGGCUUAUGGAGGAAGAAUUCUGUUCCACUUCUCCAUGGAGAGAACAGGAAAUAAACAAGAACAAGAACUAGUAAGAAAAUAGAAGAAAACCCAGAGGGGUGUGUACAUAUAUAUAUGCUUGUACAUGUAUGUGAAGUGUGACCUAAGUGUAAGUAGUAGUAGCAAGACGUACCUGAAAUCAUGCUUAUGAGACAGAAAAAUGGACACCAGCAAUCCUACCAUCAUGUAAAACAAUUACAGGCUUUCGUUUUACACUCACUUGGCAGGACAGUAGUACCUCCCUGGGCGGUUGCUGUCUACCAACCUACUACCUAUAACUUUUGUUAUUCUAGGUUAAAUAUACAUAGUGUGCUUUUUGACUGAAUUCCACUGUUAGUAUCAUCAAGUUUUUUGCUGGCAGGGAAGCUCAUGGUGGCACAAGUCUUGACUGCAUUAUUUACAUUGCUACUAUGUUAAUGUUACCCAUGAUGAACUGCCUGAAUCUUUCUGGUGUGAGGUGGUAGACAACCCAUACAGUUGUCUUGAGACCUAAAUUGCUGGCAGGUAGCAUAUUCAAAGGCACAAAAAAUACACUUACAAGCGUGGUGCACACAAUUUGGCCCCCUGCAGAUUAGAAUGUCAUCCACAGUUCAGGGGUUAAAUUCUGUUUUCCAUUUUGUAUUUGUUGUUGGCAUGUAUUUAUGCCUUCCAUCAUGUAAAUAGCUCAUAGAAAAUGUCAGUGUACAUCAUCUUGUCAUUAUCAAAAUACUCCUAAAUAAAAAUUUAUUUGACUAAACUAAAAGUGAGGGAGUUCUUUCACCUGCAUUAUUUGAGAAUCAUAAAAUGAAAACUUUAAUGUAUAAGGAGAAGCUGAUAAGAUGAUGAUAUUUGAGGACUAUCUUUGUGUAUAUCUUUAAAUAUCCACAAAACAUGCUUUGGAUGUUGAACAUAUUGAUACACAGGAACCCUGUUGUCUGGAAGUACUCGAUAGUAAUUGUGCUCAGUUCUCUAUGAUUGUACAGCACCUUGUAUAACUAUUCGGGUAAUAUUAAAGGAUAAGUCAGAGUACUAUAGUUGGAACAAUUCAUCACUGAAUCACAAAAUGGAGGUAAAAUUUGCAUUGUUUGGGUCUAUCCUGGACUUGAAAGAUGGCUUAGGAGGAACCAAAAAAUUGUCUAAGUUUCAUCUCAAUUUGUGGCUUGGUUGUGAAUCAGGCAAUGUUAAUAUUCUGGCAGCUUAACCAUGCUGCAGCUCAUAUGGAGUAAAAAUUUUGUCUGAUUUUUUUCACAUUGAGCUGUUCUCAGUUCAUUACUAAUAGCUGAAUAGGAACACCAGGUGUAGAGUUUCUGAUACAUCUUGUUCUGCCUGGAUAUCAAACCUAAGACUUUUUCUGAUGUGAACUGAAUAUUUCUGAGUGCCACAAAUGAUUUCCCAAAAUAGCACCACCAUCACUGUCACUUGUCAAUUGCAAUAUUAGCCAAGAUUUUACCAUUUUUAUAUUUACUGUACCUGUUUGUCAUUGCAGCUUUCUUAUUUGCUAGUUUGCAUCUUUCAUGGCAGUGUCACCCAAAAAUGACUUGGCCACUUGCCAAUUUGCUUUACUCUAUCAUGUAUCACAAAGCUAUAUUCUUCUUUAGGCAAACUGGUCGUAUCCCACCAAAGCAGGGUAGCCCAAAAAGAAAAACAAAAGUUUCUCUUUUUAACUUUAGUAAAGUAUGCAAGAGAAGGGGUCACUAGCCCCUUGCACAAAGCUAUAUAAUACCGAAAAUUAUGUAAAUUAACGUGCAGUAUUUGGAAACUUUAAUUAGGAUAAGUUUUGCUCACCAAGAGCUGUUUCAAUCUAGUAUUUACCCAUGUUCUUUCUCAUUUUGUGGACUAAAAAUGCUCUUGGUGAAUAAAGCAUCUUUUAAGAAUUUUAGCAUUACUCGUCUCAUUUAUCAUCUCAUGUUUUCAUGGGUAUUAUUAAAGAUAAUUAUAAAAAAAUUAUCUUAAUUUUCCUUCUGUUUUACAUCAGUUACUUUGAUCUUUUGUACAGUAAGCUCUCAUAUAAAGCUCCUUUAUGCAGUACAUUUUUUCUAAAUGCAAUUGAAUAUCACAUGGAAUGGCCUUCAGAGUACAUGCUAUUUGAUUUUGGAUGCACUUUUUCCAGUUGCAUUUGCAAAAAAAAAAAUCAAUAUACAGAGCAGCUUUAUAAGAGCUUACUGUAUAUGCUAAUUUUAUGCAUGUGUGAUGUCAUAUUUAUUUCAUAGUAAUUGGUGAAAACAUGUUAAUACAGUCAGUGCCCUUAGGAAAAUAAUUUUUUUAAUCAAAAUAUUUGUCUUGAACAGGGAGGAUAGGAGAGACAGAAAAAGGUAGGUAGUGAGGAUGGAUGAGUUGCUUAAAAGAUUUGUGUGGUGGUAGAGUGGAGGCAAUUCUGUCCUGUACAAGUAUCCAGGACAUUUACUACUACAGUUACUUGCAGAAAUGAAUGUUAGGGUUGUAUGUCUUGGAGACUUAUAAAGAUUGUAGUGGGAAUUACAGAGUAAUGUUUAUGGAAGAUUAGAGCUUCACUGACAGCCUCUGCUUUUCCCGGUUUGUACAAGAGCAGUGGCUACACGUCUACUCAAGAGGGGUGUGUGCCUUAAUGCUGGUGAGGGGGCUCUUAGUCCAAGAACUGGACUUGUUUGAUCCUUUCUUGGAUUAAACCUAAGUGCCUCAUAUUUCCCAGGCAGUAUGUGACUGACCCCUAUGGAUGGAGGACUUUCAUGUAAAUAUAAUACACAUUAUAGAUUGUUAUUGUAUCUUUUGGGAUCUGCUAGGUCUGUAGAGGGUCAUAAGCACCCUAAAGGCACUUAGGGGAGGUUGCCUUGAUGCCAGUAAAGGAAUCUUGAUACUAGGAAUUGAAGCUAUGUACCUCCCUUUCCUUGAAUCAAACUAUCUCCUAUGUUGACCUGUUUAUGAAUUCUCAGGGCUAGUUGCUAUUGAAGUGUCGAGGAUGUCUUGGGUUUUGUGCAGCUGUAUCUUCACAUGAUGGUGGAGCUGGAAAAAGCCUGGAGGAAAAUACAGCUUUGAGAAAACAUAGCAGCUCCAUGAUUGUGUGUUAUUAACUGUCUUUCCCUUCACAUGAUACAGUAUGGCCCUUUUGGGCUUAAGUGUGCAACCCUUUCCUCUUGAAUGUUAUAAGUUUGCAUCAAAUUGGUUAGAAAUUUUUAAAAAAUAUACAUCUGCUCAAGACAGCAAGGGUUACCCCAUUCCUCACAGGUGAUCCAACUGAUCUGAACAACUAUAGACCUAUAUCAAACUUGCCCUUUCUAAAAUAUUUGAAAAAAUAAUACACAAACGACUUUACUCUUACCUUAUAUCCAGCAACAUACUUAACCCUGCCAGUUUGGAUUUAGACCAAAAAAAGUACGAAUAAUGUGAUUAUACAAAUGCUUGAACUAAUAUACAGCCGCUCCUCAGCGCACACUGAGCACACAGACCUAUUCUCUCACAUGUAGGCCUACCAGAUUUCUCCCACCAGAUUUGAAGGCGCUAGAAUUUUGGCGUAGUGUUAUGGGACUGACACCGGCUUGCAAGCCAGUGUCAGGACCGACGGUGAAAAGGUUAAGCCAUCCACCAACAAAAUACCUUUCAUCAGUAGAUGUCUAGAGGAGUCAAAUGCGAUGUUUGCAGCCUUCACAGAGACUCGACACAAAAGAUCACUUUGGCAAUGAAAUAUGGAUUAAUGGGUACAACCUUUUGAGAUGCAACAGAAAGAACAGGGAAUGUUGGCCUGUACAUCAAAGAGUCACUCAUUUGCACAGAUGCUGAACACCACAAGUGAUGUACUUGAAGUUCUAAAUAAAGAUCAAGAACCAAAAUCAAGUCAUCAUGGUUGUAUAUAAACCACCAAAUGCAACCUCCGAACAGUUCGAGUAACAGCUAUUAAAUAUUAAUUACCAUCUGGAAAGCCUUCCAGCCCCAUCCCCAAACAUCUUACUGCUAGGUGAUUUCAACCUAAAGCAUACAAAAUGGAAGAAUGUAGCAAAUAAUGUUAUAGCAGAAACAAUCCCUGGAGGCAGUGCAAAUGAAAAGUCACACGAUCUACUAAAUCUUUGCGAUAAACACACCUUAAGUCAGCAGAUAAGGGAGCCAACAAGACUGGAAAAUACACUUGACCUUAUCUUCACAAAUAAUGAGGACCUGGUAUGAAACAUAAUAUCAAAAACAACUAAUUCCAAUUGCAAUCUAAUCAAAGUUCAGACUUAAAUGCACAAGGGUCCUGACCAGCAAAAUGCAUGUAGCUGUGAAGGAGUCUUCACCAAAUACAGUUUCAACAACAAAAUCAUCAACUGGGAUCAGGUGAACCAUGUCUUAAAUGAAACAUGUUGGGAAGAUAUUUUAAAUAACAUGGAUCCAAACCAGUGCCUAGCAGCUGAAGUAUGUUCAGGGUAUAUUACCCUAAGAAAGAAAAGAAGUAAACUGGAGAAAGAUGCCCCCUCAACAGAAGAAGACAAUGAAUCGCUAACCUCCUCAAGAAUGUUAUAAUCUGAUACAUGGAAGGAAGUGCUGACCAGAUAAGUGGAAAGUAUCAAACUUAAGUUAAAGGAUUCAUACAGGAUCCAGGAGCUAAAUUUAAGCAAUUAGUGAAAUUGAAAGAAAUUCGAAUUAUAUCUUUUUAUAACCAAAAAGCUGUAUAGCCCUUGUGGCUUAGCGCUUCUUUUUGAUUAUAAUAAUAUAACCAAAAAAACAAGACAAAAACCACAUGUAGUAUCAGGCCCUUGCUCAGACAAGAUGGGACUUGCACAGAUGACAACAAAGAAAUGAGUGAGAUACUGAAAUCCCAAUACGACUCAGUGUCCCACUAAUCAGUUUAAAGUUCAACAAUCCAAAUGAUUUUUUCACAAAAACUCCAUCAAUGUAUGCCAAAUUUCUGACAUUACCCUAACUCCAAUAGACUUUCAGAAAGCCACUGACAACUUGCCCAUGUACUCAGCCCCAGGCCCAGACUCAUGGAACUCUGUGUUCAUUAAGAAUUUCUGCAAGAAACCCCUUUUGCAUGCCCUAAGUAUACUAUGGAGAAAGAGCUUAGACAUGGGUAAAAUUCCAGGCACUAAAAACUGGAUAUAGCCCCACUCCAUAAAGGCAGCAGCUAAGAACUAUAGACCAAUAGCUCUAACGUCCCACAUCAUAGAAAUCUUUGAAAGAAUACUAAGAAACAUGAUUUUUUUGUUUUAAUACUUCUGGGUGUCAGGAACGGAUUAAUUGUAUUUACAUUAUUUCUUAUGGGGAAAAUUGAUUCGAAAAUCGUCUAUUUCGAUAAUAGUCCCACUUCCAGAAACGGAUUAAGGACGAUUACUGAGGGACCACUGUACAUCAAAUUUUUGUAGAGAUUUAGCUGGACACAGGGAAUGCCAUAGAGAUUUUUGUGUCUGAUAUUGUGUCUAUGGGUCCGGUUGGUUCUGUAAAUGUAGGUUGCACAGUAGUAGGUGUGAAUGUUCUGUACAGUAAGUUUAGGUCUUUGAAGAGUGGGUUGGGGGGUGUAUUGCCUAACACUGGAUUGUGUGAUUAUUCUUACUGCAGCUUUUUGUUGGGUAUUGUUAUUGGCUUUAGGUGGGUUGCUGCUGUUGAUCCCCAAGCACACAGCAUAGGUGAGGUAGGGAUAGACGAGCGAAUAGUAUGUGAGUAGGGCUGAUUGUGGAGGAUCUCAACCAUUUUGGAUACUUGUUUGUUAUGUGUUGGAUAUGGGUGUUGAAUUUCAGGUUGCUGUCAAGGUGCAGGCCCAGGAAUAUGCCCUCAUUAUGUUUAGCAAUAAGAGUGCUGUCAAUCAUAAUGUUCAGCUGAGCUACACCUGCUCUGCUAAUGUAACACAUGAUUUAAAUGCAGUUCAUAUCAGGUAUUUUACAAGAUAAAAAUAACAAAUAUUAAUGAGUACAGUACCAUUAUUUAGUGAAUUGUAAUGUUUUGGUUUGCAAUUUUCCAUUAAUUUUUCAGGGGCUGUUAAAUCAGUGAGGACGUGUCGAGUGUGCUCUCUAUGGACUGAACCAAGAUGCCCUCCAUCGAGCAACUUUACCAACAGCUUAAGGAAGAAUUGAGGAUAGUGAAGAUGGAGAUUCGGCGAUUGACUGAGGAAAACAAGAGGAUUCAUAGUAGUCCUCCUGUUUUGAGUCCUCAGGUCAAGAAGGGAAACUGGACAGUGGCUGGACAGCAUAGAACGAAGUUGACGAUCAAGAAGACAAGUGGAAAGGUAGAAACGAUUAAGAAGAAAGAGACUGCUGUGGAAACUGUUGUGGAAACAUCUAAUGCAUUCUCCGUGCUACCCGACGAAUGUGAGUUGACUACUGGGAACGUCACAAUGAUGGACACCAAGGAAGGUAAGAAUAUUGUUGUUGUUGGGGAUAGCCAAGUUAGGUACAUGGAUAGGGCAUUCUGCUUGAAGGACAAACGUAGGAGACAGAGGGUUUGUUUUCCUGGGGCUGGGAUGAAGGAUAUUGUUAGCCAUCUGGAUGACAUCAUGAGAGGUAAUGGGAGCAAUCCUAUUAUCUGUCUCAGUGCUGGAGGCAACGAUGUUGGCAGAUGUAGGGGUAAGGACCUGAUUAGCAGGUGUAGGUCAGCAAUAGAAAUAAUUAGGAGGAAGGGUGGGAACCCUGUCAUAUGUGGUAUUUUGCCAAGGAGAGGAGUUGGAAAUGAAUGGUUGUCCAGGGCAAUUGGUGUCAAUUGCUGGCUGGACAAAUACUGUAAGGAAAAUGCGGUAACAUUCACUGACAACUGGGACCUCUUCUAUGGCAGAAAUGACAUGUAUGCCAGGGAUGGGGUUCACUUACCUAGGUCUGGGGUGGGAGCACUGGCCAACGCAGUGGAGGGAGCUGUUAGGACUUUAAACUAGGAAUAGUUAGUGGUAUGGGUUUUGGUGGGAAAACAGUGAAGUCCCAGUGUAGUAAUAUUAUGAGUUCUAGGGGAACUAGUAAUAAGAAGAACGAGGUACAUAUUGAAAAGCCAGUGACACUAGGUGAUAAGGGCAGUAAUAGGUUUAGUAGAAAAACAGAAAUGAGCAGGAAGAGUAAAGAGAAAGGAGGGUCUUUCAAUGUAUAUUAUGCUAAUAGCCGUAGUGCUAGGAAUAAGAUGGACGAGUUGAGAUUAGUUGCUAGUGCAGGUAACAUUGAUGUAUUUGCCUUAACUGAGACGUGGUUUAAUUCAAAAUGUCGGGACAUGCCUGCAGAAUGUCACAUUCAGGGUUUUAAAUUGUUCCAAGUAGAUAGAAGUAUCGGGAAGGGGGGUGGGGUGGCAUUGUAUGUCCGAGAUCGCUUGAACUGUUGCAUAAAAACGGGUAUUAAGUUUGAAGUAGCACAGAGUCUGUUUGGAUAGAAUUUUCAGAGGGGCAUGAAAAAUUGAUUUUAGGUGUGAUAUACCGUCCCCCAAACUUAGAUAGGGACCAAGGGAGACUACUAUGGGAGGAAAUUGUCAAGGCCACAAGGCACGAUAAUGUAGUAAUUCUAGGAGACUUUAACUUUAGUCAUAUUGAUUGGAAUUUCUUGACUGGGAAUUUAGAAUCAUACGACUUCUUAGAAGUAGUUCAGGAUUGUUUUUUGAAGCAGUUUGUGACAGAACCUACAAGGGGAAAUAACCUGCUUGACUUAGUUCUGGCAAACAAUGAAUCCCUUGUUAAUAAUUUAGAAAUUUCAGAGGAACUUGGUGCUAGCAACCACAAAUCAGUUACAUUUAGCAUUGAAUGGAAGCAUGAUAGUAGGGAUAACUCAGUAACAGUCCCAGAUUUUCGCUUAGCAGAUUACGAUGGGCUUAGAGAACACUUAUCAUCUGUUGACUGAGGUAACGAAGAGAACUAUCAAUAUGACAGUUUUCUGAACACUAUACAUGCUGCCCAAAGAACAUUUAUACCUUAUAAAGAAAUUAGAUCAAACAGAAAUGAUCCAAAAUAGAUGAAUAAUAGGCUCAAAUAUCUUUUAGGACAGAAGAAUGGAAUUUAUAGGCAUAUCAAAAGAGGUGAGGGUCAUCUUAUGAAUCAAUAUAUUGACAUAAAGAGGGACGUUAAAAAGAGGAUAAGAAAAGCUAAAUGGGACUAUGAAAUUAAAGUUGCCAGGGAUUCGAAAACUAACCCAAAAAGUUUUUUCCAGGUUUAUAGAACAAAAGUUAGAGAUAAGAUAGGUCCCCUUAAAAAUAACUCACUGACAAGGAGAAUGAAAUGUGCUCUAUUCUUAAUAAUUAUUUUCUCUUGGUUUUCACUCAGGAAGACACUAACAAUAUCCCAGUAAUUAAUUUUUAUAGUGGGCCUGAUGAUGAUAAAUUAUGCAAUAUCACAAUCACUACUGAAUUGGUUAUCAAACAAAUAGACCGGUUAAAGCAAAAUAAAUCCCCGGGCCCUUCAGGGCCCGGGGAUUUAUUUCAAGGGUUCUUAAAGAGUGUAAAAUGGAACUUUGUGAACCAUUGGCUAAUAUUUUUAAUAUUUCUCUUCAAACAGGUGUAGUGUCUGAUAUGUGGAAGAUGGCUAAUGUAAUUCCUAUUUUUAAAGCAGGGGAUAAGCCGUUGCCGUCAAAUUACCGCCCAAUAAGCCUAACCUCAAUUGUAGGCAAAUUACUAGUCAAUUAUAGCUGAUAAUAUAAGAAGCCAUCUCGAUAGGCAUAAUUUGAUUAAUGAUGCUCAACAUGGUUUCACCAGGGGCCGUUCCUGCCUAACUAAUUUAUUAACCUUCUUCAGCAAAGCCUUUGAGGCCGUUGAUCAGGAUAAAGAAUUCAAUAUUGUUUAUUUAGAUUUUAGUAUGGCUUUUGAUAGAGUACCGCACCAGAGAUUGUUAAAGAAAGUGGCAGCUCAUGGCAUUGGGAGAAAAGUGCUGUCAUGGAUCGAGUCAUGGCUCACUAAUAGGAAGCAGAGAGUAUGCUUAAAUAAGGUUCAAUCCGAGUGGGGAUCUGUAACAAGUGGCUUACCACAGGGAUCAGUCUUAGGCCCGUUGUUAUUUAUAAUAUAAAUCAAUGACCUUGAUGAGGGUAUUACUAGUGAUAUGAGCAAAUUCGCCAAUGACACAAAGAUAGGUAGGAUAAUUGAUUCAAACGUAGAUGUUAGGGAACUUCAGAAGGUUUUAGACAAACUCUAUUCUUGGUCAGAAAAGUGGCAGAUGCAGUUCAAUGUAGAUAAAUGCAAGGUACUGAAGCUCGGGAGUGUCCAUAACCCUAGCACUUAUACGUUAAAUAAUGUAGAACUUAGCCAUACAGAUUGCGAAAAGGACUUGGCCAAGGGUUAUGGUGAGCAGCAACCUUAAACCAAGACAGCAGUGCCUAAGCAUAUGUAAUAAGGCAAAUAGAAUACUGGGAUUUAUAUCAAGAAGUGUAAGCAACAGAAGUCCAGAAGUUAUACUACAGCUUUAUACAUCAUUAGUAAGGCCUCACCUAGAUUAUGCAGCUCAGUUCUGGUCUCCAUAUUACAGAAUGGAUAUAAACUCAUUAAAAAACAUUCAGCGUAGAAUGACUAAAUUAAUACAUAGCAUUAGAAAUCUUCCUUAUGAAGAAAGAUUGAAGACUCUUAAAUUACAUUCACUUAUUAGACGAAGAAUGAGGGGAGACAUGAUCGAAGUGUAUAAGUGGAAGAUGGGUAUUAAUAAAGGGGAUAUUAAUAAGGUCUUGAGGAUGUCUCUCCAAGAGAGAACUCGCAGUAAUGGAUUUAAAUUAGACAAGUUUAGAUUUAGAAAGGAUAUAGGAAAGUAUUGGUUUGGAAAUAGGGUAGUUGAUGAGUGGAACAGUCUACCUAGUUGGGUUAUUGAGGCUAGGACUUUGGGUAGUUUCAAAUUUAGGUUGGAUAAAUAUAUGAGUGAGAGGGGUUGGAUUUGAGUGGGACUUGAAAAUUAGUGGAUAGAGUUAUCAGAGCUUAUUUCUUGGGUAGCAUUGAAAACUGGGUUGGGCAGAUGUUUUGUUAGUGGGAUGGAUUGUAAAGGACCUGCCUAGCAUGGGCCAACAGGCCUACUGCAGUGAUCCUCCUUUCUUAUGUUCUUAUCAAGGACCAUAACAUUGUAUCAAUCACAUCUGCUAGAAAAAUGACAGGAUGGAUAAUGAGAACCUUCAAAACUAGGGAGGCCAAGCCCAUGAUGACACUCUUCAGGUCACUUGUUCUAUCUAGGCUGGAAUAUUGCUGCACACUAACAGCACCUUUCAAGGCAGGUGAAAUUGCUGACCUAGAAAAUGUACAGAGAACCUUCACGGCGCGCAUAACGGAGAUAAAACACCUCAAUUACUGGGAGCGCUUGAGGUUCCUAAAACUGCAUUCCCUGGAAUGCAGGCGGGAGAGAUACAUGAUUAUAUACACCUGGAAAAUCCUAGAGGGACUAGUACCGAACUUGCACACGAAAAUCACUCGCUACGAAAGCAAAAGACUUGGCAGACGAUGCAACAUCCCCCAAUGAAAAGCAGGGGUGUCACUAGCACGUUAAGAGACCAUACAAUAAGUGUCAGGGGCCCAAGACUGUUCAACUGCCUCCCAGCAUACAUAAGGGGGAUUACCAACAGACCCCUGGCAGUCUUCAAGCUGGCACUGGACAAGCACUUAAAGUCGGUUCCUGACCAGCCGGGCUGUGGCUCGUAUGUUGGUUUGCAUGCAGCCAGCAGCAACAGCCUGGUUGAUCAGGCUCUGAUCCACCAGGAGGCCUGGUCACAGACCGGGCCGCGGGGGGCGUUGACCCCCGGAACUCUCUCCAGGUAAACUCCAGGUAGGCAUGCUGAAAAAGGACUACUGAAAUGGAGCAGCAGGUGACUAAGAUAAUUUACUUCUCCUGGAUCAGUUAAACGUGAUAAAUUACAACCCCUGGUCUCCUAAAGAUGCCUUUACAAUGCCUUAUCUUCAAAACAUUAAUUUUACAGUAACUUGAUAGGGAUGAACCUUAGUUUUUGUGCUUCAUAAAGGUGUUUAGCAUUUCACAAUGCAUCACUGGCUCCCCGAUUUAUUUAUAUGGUGCACACUGACCAUGGAGACCCAUGUGGGCCUACCAGCUUUCUCCUGCUUGAUCUGAAGCCGCUAGAAUUUUGGCGUAUUAAUACGUCAAACAUGGUGGCAAGACGUAUAUAUACGACCGUAACAGUCAAAGGGUUAAGUGAGGACAGGCUGUAUACUACAAACUCUAAUCAUACAAUACAGAGAAAAAAUAAUGUGAGGGACCUGUGAGUUGUAAUGUCUGAGGAUCUUGCUUUCAAGGAUCGCAACAGUGCCACGAUCACAACUGCAAAGAAAAUGAUAGGAUGGAUAAUGAGAAUGUUCAAAACAAAACAUGCCAAGCCAAUGAUGAUCCCUUUUAAAUCACUUGUCCUCUCUAGGCUGGAAUAAUACUGUACAUUAACAUCUCCAUUCAAAGCAGGUGAAAUUGCAGAUCUAGAGAAUGUACAGAGAACCUUAGCUCCUGGGAAUGCUUGGAAGCACUUGACUUGUACUCAAUGGAACACAAGUAAGAGAGAUAUCAAUCUACACUUGGAAAAUCCUAAAAGGAAUGGUCCCUAAUCUACACACACAAAUCACUCUUUAAAAGCAAAAUACUUGGCAGGCAGUGCACAAUACCCCCAAUGAAAAGGUGCCACUGGUACACUAAGAGAAAACACAAUAAGUGUCCAGGGCCCAAGACUGUUCAACAGCCUCCCACCAUGCAUAAGGGAAAUUACCAGUAGACCCCUUGCUGUCUUCAAGAAGGAGAUGGACAGAUAAUUAAAAUCAGUGCAGGAUCAGCCAGGCUGUGGUUUGUUAGACUGCAUGUGGCCAGCAGUAACAGCCUGAUUGAUCAGGCUCUGAUCCACUGAAAGGCCUGGUCAUGGACUGGGCCGCAAGGGCAGUGAUCCCCGGAAUGCCCUCCAGGUAUGGGUGGUGUAGUAUAGCUGCAAAACAUAUUUUGGUGAACAAAAACACAUUAUUUAGGAUAUAUUCUACUUUUUUAAAUUUAUAUCACACUCGGGUUAAAUUUCUCAGUUCUCAGGUGAUACUACUAAAAAUAUGCUUUCAUUUUUUAAGGGCCUUAAAAUAACUUUCAUACCAUCAGUGGUAACCAUGACUAGAUAUAUGGGAAACUAGAGACAAUAAUGCCUAACAUGUUACCUCUUGAAAGUUCUCAUGAAAAUGUUGAUUAUUAUAAUCAAAAAGAAGCGCUAAGCCACAAGGGCUAUACAGCGCUGCAUGAAAAAAAAUGUUGAAACCACAAGCAUAUCAAGAGGCUGCGAAAAUGUUGUGUUCCAAUAUAUGCUGCACAUUAAGUCACAUUACAUAACAUUAUGACUGGCCAUUUUGUUAAACCUUGUAUAAAUACUUUAUCUGAGUCACAACAUUUUUACUCUUGAGCCCAAUUUAAAGCAAUAUUAUGAGCAUUAUCAAAGCUUAUUACAGUAUUCUUGGGAUGAAAGUUGCCUAAAGGCUCUAACUUGAAGGGGAAAACAAAUACAGUGGUCCCUUGAAGAUGUAUCAUACCUCUAAACUAUCAUGACUCAAAACCUCAAAAUACAUAGUUUUAUAGUAAAUCAUUCCAAUACCCAGGCAUCUUUUACUGUACCUUUGGACUUACAUGUUCACAGAUAUAAUUUGUAGGCACUGUAUCUCCCUUUAUCUGCUGCUCUCUUAUCCACAAAAACAAUGAUCUCUCUUUCUCUAUAAUUUCUCUUCCUUUUUUCCACUAGCUUAGAUUCAUCAGCCACUUUAAUACUUUUUGCUUGAUAACAGAUUGUGGAAACCCGUAUUCAUACACCAAUGCAAUAAUUCUAAUUCCAUGCUUUGUCACAAUUUCUUGCUUGAUCUUCAGAGAAAUUGCCUGUUUCUAUGCACUUUACGAGUCAUGAUGACUUGUUAACACAAAAGAUGGCAUAGUUAAAUCACAAAUGUAUGUAGUAUCUCAAAUUUAUCUUUGUAACUCAAAACUAAAUUCCUUCAUGAGGGUAAAUCGUAACUCAAGACCAUUCGGACUCCAGAGACCACUAGAUAAGUAAAUUACUAUGUCCAAAUCAUAACUUACAUUACUUUCAUACUUAUUGUUGUCAUUUAAGUACAGUGGAACCCUCGGUGUCGAAGCUAAUUCAUUCCAGAACGCUGCUCAAGUACCAAACAAAUUUUUCCCAACUAA